UGUCAAUAACAUGCCUCCUUGUUAUUUGACAAAAUGUGUUUUUUAACCAGAAUAGCUGCGUCUGGAUACUCGACGAAAAUGGUGAAUAAAAAACAAAAAUAUACCGCCGAUGGGCUUGUCAGGAGUGUACUGCAACAGUGACUCUUCCAACUCGUAGCACCAAUAAAAACGAACAUGGCACGAACAAGUCUGCAAUACAUGUUUGAGUGAAGAUCAUAAUAUUCAUCAUUUUUUUAGGAAGGAAGAAAAGCAAUGGCCCAAACUAGUUGUCUUGUUUGCUGUCCACUGGUUGCAAAUUCCGUGGAGGAGACAGUGAUUCAAAUGCAGCAGGCCAAAGCCGAUGGUGCUGACAUCAUUGAGCUUAGACUUGACCAUCUUCACAACUUCAAUCCAAACACUCAAUUGCAAAUUAUUCUCAAUCAAAGACCACUCCCCAUUAUCGUUACUUACAGACCAAAGUGGGAGGGAGGUGAGUAUGAAGGUGAAGAAGCAACACGUCUUGAUACUCUUCGUUUGGCCUUGGAAUUGGGCGCUGACUAUGUUGAUGUGGAGCUUCAGGUGGCGCCCACGUUCAUCAAGAGCAUCUCUGAGAAGAAAUCGAGAAAUUCCAAGAUCAUUGUUUCGAGUCAUAACUACCAAAGCACUCCAUCGCUUAAGGAACUUGGUCAACUUGUGACAAGGAUACAGGACACAGGAGCUGACAUUGUAAAAAUUGCAACAACAGCCACUAAUAUUACUGAUGUCAAUCAGAUUUUUCAAGUGCAAAAGGGUCUGCAUGCACAGAGUGAAAUGACGCAGGCUGGAUGCAAUGACGUACAUGCUUGCGCUCUUCACAUUCCACAUGACAACUCCGAAGCCUUUGGAGGAGAUCGCAUCCUUACACGUUUGAAAAUUUUGUGCCACACCACCCAAUUCAAUCCCUCUUUACAUUCAUGUGUUCCUAUUAUUGCAUUGGCAAUGAGCUCGAGAGGGCUAAUUAGUCGCAUUCUUUGCCCAAAAUUUGGUGGAUAUCUUACAUUUGGCUCCAUUGGAAUAGGGAAAGAGUCAGCUUCUGGUCAGCCUACAUUGACAGAUCUUUUAAAAAUAUACAAGAUAAAAAGUUUGAGUAGAGAUACCAAGAUCUUUGGAAUUAUAGGAAAUCCAGUUGGUCACAGCAAAGGACCAAUUUUGCACAAUCAGGCAUUCAGAGAGAUUGGAUUUGAUGGAAUAUAUGUUCCCUUUCUUGUUGAUGAUCUUGCACAGUUUCUUACGGUUUAUUCGACCCCUGAUUUUGCUGGUUUCAGUGUUACAAUACCUCACAAGGAGGCAGCUCUUCAGUGUUGUGAUGAAGUGGAACCAGUUGCUCAGUCCAUUGGAGCAGUAAAUACAAUUGUGAGGAGGCACAGUGAUGGAAAACUGAUUGGCUAUAACACAGACUAUAUGGGGGCUAUUUCUGCAGUGGAGGAUGGCCUAAAAGGUAGACUUAGUAGUGGAGAUUGGGAGAAUAUUUCCCCUCUUUCUGGAAGGCUAUUUGUUGUUGUUGGAGCUGGAGGAGCUGGUAAAGCCCUUGCAUAUGGAGCGAAAGAAAAGGGGGCAAGGGUUGCGAUUGCUAAUCGUAAUUAUGAGAGAGCCAAGACAUUGGCAAGUUUAGUUGGAGGAGAAGCUAUUCCUCUAGAGAAGCUGGAUAGCUUUUGUCCAGAAAAUGGAAUGAUCCUAGCGAAUACCACUUCAGUUGGAAUGCAUCCAAAUGUGAAUGAGACACCUAUAUCUAAGGAAGCUUUGAAGUCAUAUGAUCUUGUUUUUGAUGCUGUUUACACACCAAAAGUUACACGACUUCUGCGAGAAGCAGAGGAGACCGGGGCCACUGUUGUAAGUGGAUUGGAAAUGUUCAUCAGGCAGGCCAUGGGACAGUUUGAACUCUUUACCGGUUGUCCAGCACCUGCAAAAUUAAUGCGGGAAAUAGCUGUUAGAAAUGCUUGAAAUGCUUGAUCACAUAAGGGAGAUUGUGAGCCACUAUUAUAUUCAGCUUGUCAAUCAUGUUGUGCCAUUUGGACGAGUAUAUUAGAGAAUCUUUAUGGAGUUUUCCAUAUUAAUAUUAACAUAUAAUAUUUGUUCUCAGUAUAAUCCUUUUUGUUCUUGUUAUAAAUAGUGAGAGAUGAUGCACCAAAAAAUUAAAACCAAAAAGAAGCCGGUUAUCAUCCAAAUCUUGUUCUUGUUAUAAAUAGUGAGAGAUGAAUAAGAGAAAAUGUUAUUGUUAUCAAUUGCUUUAUUUAGAACGUUAUGAGCAUAACUGAAGAAGCACUAGAUCAAGAUUGGAUCUUAUAUGUAACACGUUGAAAUGGGGAGGAUAUAGCAAUUGUGUAUUGAUGUGA